AUGUCCCCAGGUGUUUAUCAGCUUCCAGACCUUCUCUCUAUUUGUCCUAAGAAGACCGGUAACAUCAUCAGUCCUAGCUUUAAAGAAACGAAGGAAAGUUACGAACAAUGGGUCAGAGACAAUAUCGGUUAUUUCGCCUCGAUCGUAAGGUCAGAUAUGCCUCUAAUGGCGGCACUCGUUUGUCCCAAUGCCAAUUUUCAAGAAUUACGAGCGAUCCUGGAUUAUAUGUCAAUGUCGUACAUGCUUGAAGAGCUUACUGAUCGAUGCUCGAGCGAAAUGGCUAAGAGCACGUGCAAUUUAUGGAUCGAGAUACUUAAAAACCGCGAAGCUGGCGAGGGUCACUGCCACCCGUUCAUUAAACUCAUGACGAAACAAAUGGCGCCGCGCGUGAAAGGCGCUGUGGAUCCAUAUCACUGGGCCCAAUUUAUACAGUCUUGUGCCGAAUAUGCAAAGAACACCGCACAAGAGGCAGUCGACCGUGAGGCAUUGAAGGGUACUGUAGACAUCCCCCGCAUUGCCUCGUACACUGUCAUGCGAAGAGAGUCUAUUGGAGUUCGGCCAUGCUUAGUUCUGAUGCGGUCCACUCGCAAGUUAUAUUUGCCCGAGCAUGUUCUGAAACAUCCUGACAUAGCUGAGAUGGAGAAUGCUGCCCUCGACAUGGUGUAUAUCUCUAAUGACCUUCAUUCCUUCAAAAAGGAACUUAGCGAAGACGGAGCUCUGAACAACAUCAUUACCAUUAUGAACACAGAUCCAACCACUCGGCAUCUUGAUCUUCAGGAAAGAUUUGAUCACGCAGGCAAGCUAUUUCAGGGUGCCUUAGAUCGCUUCAAAGCCUGCAGAGAUGAACUUCCCGGCUUUGAUGACAAAGAGAUAGACAAUCAAGUCGCAGCAUAUGCAGAUGGUUUGGUAGAUUGGGUCGUGGGUGGCAUGGAAUGGAGCAGCAUCACACCCCGCUACAGAGUCUUCGCGAAUGAUGCUGACAGACGAAAUAACAUCCUUAGACUGGAUGAUCGUUGGUUUAUGUCUGUGACAUUUCAGUUCCUACUCAUUAUAGGUAUUGUAGUUGCCUGUAUUACUUUCGUCACACUGUGA